AUACUUACGCAAUUACAACCUGGAGAAGAAAAUAUUCCAACGAAAAAUACAAGUCCAACGUCAACAGACACAAAACUUUGGCGCGCAAUAAUGGCGGACAAACCAAAACAUGAAUACUACCUAAGCCGCUUUCCUUUCAACUGAUCAGAGCUGAUCGAGUAACUCUGAAGAGCUCCGGUGUGUUCCAUUACCACAGAUCAUUUUGAUCUGGUUCAUGUUUCCCUCUUCCCCUCAUGCACGACCUUUUUCGCGGGAGCAUUAGAGUAGAUCAGUAAACAUAACCUUAGUUCUUUAUUUACAUCUUUGCUUAAAAUAUUUUGCUUGGGUAAUAUCACGAAACAAUAAUGGAAUUAAUCCUAGAGGAAGACGACGUACAAUAUAAAUUAUGUGUAUCAGAAACUGAUUACAAUCGUGCAAUGACAGAUCAUGCAUUUGCACAAAGUCUAUUAUUUCACGCAAAAGUUACCGGUAGUUCUAUUAGUACAGUUGCCUCAAAUCAAAGUCGUGUAGAGAACUUGGAACCGGCAUCGGACAAUUUGGAACAGUACUUGGAAAACUACCGUCACAGCUGGUCGCAUGACGAGACGUUGUGUCUUAUUAAGUCAAUGGAAGUGCACAUUGAGGAUGAAAACCAUCCUAAAAAAAGGAAAUUCAUUUUCGAAAAUGUUGCAAAUGAUCUGAUAAGCAAUGGCUUUCAGGUGAACGCUACCGUGUGCCACAAUAAGUGGAAAAACUUAAUGCGAUCUUAUAAAACUGCAAAAGAUAACAUGCUAAAAACCGGAAGAGGACCAACUAGAUUUUUAUUUUUUUCUGAAAUGGAUGGGGUUCUAGGUGAAAAACCAUCGAGCAGUGCGACACAUACAUUAGAAUCUAAUAACUUACAAAAUUUACCCGACACAUUGCCACCUCCCGAGAUGUCUGCAAUGUCCUCUCCGUCAUCAUCACGGUCAUCAACACCCACACUGACACGAAGUAAAGAAAAAAAAGGAAGCAUUCUACAAAUAAAAAAAGAGGAAUUUAGGAGAAAACAUGAAAGACAUAAGGAAAAAAUGAGACUUCUUGAGAUAAGGAACAAAGUUGAGGAACAGAAAGUGAAUCUC